UAGAAAUGUAAUCUUCAUAGCAAAAUCCUGAAAAUAUGAUAACAUAAUUGUCAACAAUAUUUGAUGCAACUUUUGCUAAUUCAAAUUUCUAUGAUGUAGACAUUCAUAUACAUUCAGUCUUCGCUAAUAGCCGAGGUCCAAAAGGUCCGAGCUGUCUAUUUCUCUUUAUUAUGAAAGAAAAACAUGCUAUUAACAAAUAUUGGAAAGGCUUUUUGCUGUUGUCAAGCUGUGUUCAAUCAGUAAUCUACUUCUUUUUAUUCAAAUAUUUGCAGUAUGUAACAAAGUAUUGCAUAAAAAUAAAAGUUCCUUUGACUGAUCCAAGUGCUUAAGGAUAUUUAUUAAAAAAAUAAGAUAGGAAUGGCUUGUAGUCCUUACAGUUGGUGAGAUAGUUUUAGAUUUUAUUCUUCAACAUCCGAGAAUGAGUACGGGAAAUUAAAAUAAACUUGAAUAAUUGGAGGAUAAUAUGUCGUGAGAAAUGGCCAUGUCUCAUCAAUUAAGAUCGAGUCAGCUAGAAAGCAAAUUGAAAGGAUCGAGUUUUGAGAGUGCUGCUAACUUUUCUGAUGGAAAUAAAUCUGUUAAAAAUGGAAAAUUGAAUUCAAAGUUAAGUCUUACAUGGAUUAGGAAGAAAUUAAAGAAACAAAGAGAAUCAAAAUUAAAUUCAACUGAUUGUUCUGAUACAGAGGCACUUGAUACGGAUGAUGAAAAUUUUACAGCAUUCCUAGAAGCUCAAAUACAUAAAAAAGCUAAACAAUUUAAAUUUCAAAAACAUCACUUUAUUGAUCAACCCAAGUGUGUAGAUAAGAAUGUAUCAACAAGGAUUUCAAAACGACAUAGAACCAUUUUAGAUAUUCCGAAAAAAAGAUUUAGGAAUGUUGAAACCGUUACGGCUAUUUUAUCUGAAAAUAAUCAAUCAGAUGAUUUCUAUAAACAGUCAAAACUAGAUUUACCGAAGAAGUUUGAUCACGCAAAUUUAACACAGGAUACAGAAGCUUUAAGACAAGAUAACUAUUCUAAUUUACUAACAAGGAAAAGAAGAAGAAUCAGAUCAAAUUCAUCGUCAAAUUAUACAAGUGUUGAUGAAAACACAGAGAUCGAGAGAAACAAUAUAUCGACGACUUGUUCGCAUUCAGCAAGUGUACAUAAUGAAGAAACUAAAGACCUUACAAAUACACCCGUAAUGUUCAAUAAUUCAUCUGAACAACCCACAGUAUUACUUUUUGAUGAGAAAUUAAAUACUACUCAGAAAAAUAUUCAACCCGAUCAGUCUAACUCUACUGACAUGGCCCAAAAAACAAUCUUACCCGUUCCAGAUUCUUCAGCUUCUAAUUUGAUACCAGAUCCAUCAAAUAAUAUUCAUGUUAUAAAUGACACAAUUGAGCCACUUUCCUCGUGUACUGAGAAUUCGGUGAUGAAUAAUAAUUCUGAAUGUAUUAUACUUACUGAACAGAACAGUGCACCAACAUAUUACACUAAUAAUCAGCCAUUAUUUCCGAACUCAUUUGAAACAGGGAAUACUAAUACGCAAAACUAUUUACCUAUAAAUACUUUUUAUGCCUACGUAACUCCUCCAAAUCCAAUCAUAGAACUUUCUCAAAAAAUUGAUAGAAUUCAAGAAAUGCUGAUCACAGUAAAUGAAACCUUGAAGCUCGUUGUCGAGUCUCAGAAAAAACUAGAAGAUACGCAAGAUGAUAUUAAAAUAGAACUGAACAAUCUUAAAAUUCAAACUUUAGCUUAUGAAAAUAGAGAGAAUUGGUUGGCAGAGAAUGGUAUCAUUUUGCCCAUGAAAACUAAAGAAGAAUUCGAAAAGUUUUGUGCGUUACUUGAACAGUCAUCAGAAUGCCGUCAAAUAUUUGAAAUUUCUAUCCAUUUUGCAAUCAAUUCUAAAAGAUCUCUGACAAGAAACAUUGCUUCAGUCAUUCGAAAAUACUUCAUUCCCAAAUUAGCAAAUCAUUUUACAGCUGUCAGAUAUGUUAAGGACAAGGAUGUAUUGGCAAAUACCUCUUUCUACAAACAUUUAUUAAAAAACUUCCUUGAAAAAAGUGCCGAUGGUCUCAUCUUUCCAGGAUUGACUGAAAUGGAGUUCAACAAAGCUCUUGGAGAGGUUUUAUGUAAUGCCAAAGAUUCAAAAAAGAGAAACAAGUAACAUAAUAUUCAUUAUAUAUUUCUGUUUAUAUUAAUUAUGUUAUUAUAUUUUUUCAAAAAAUAUAAUAUCUCUCUGUACCUACUAGUAAAGCACGUUUACUAGAAACAUCUAUACAUUAAAAUACUGUAUUGUAAACUAACAUAGUACUUAAUAAUAAUAUGUACAUAGUGUAUAAUGUUGUCAGUAGUUCCAUAGAAAUAUAAUGAAUGUCCUCAAAGUUCUCAGAAAUAAUUGCAAAAUGAGUUCAAAUCUAUUAGUAUUAAUAACAGGAAGUAUAAAUAGUAUAUUAUUUAUGUAUAUGUAGGAAUAAAGUUUUUCUGUGUUUUUACUUGUUUCAUUAUCAUAUUUUGAUGUAAUUUUUAUUAAUAGAUAAAUUAAACUCAUUAGCAUAGAUAUGUGAGCCACUAAUCUCUAUUCAAAAUGUAACUAUCAGGAAAAAGGUAAACUUGUAACUGUUAGAGAAAAUAUAAGAUAGAGUUGUAACUGAUGGAAUUGUCUCAAGAUAGAUAUAUGUUUGAUAGAAUAUCUUUGCAAGAGAUGGAAAGAUUACUAUAGAUAAUAUUACAAACCUACCUCAUACAUCUCUAUCAUUUACAAGUCUACCGAAAACAUUUAUGUUGCUCGCAAAUAAUUGACAACUUUAUAUCUUAUCCAUACUGUGAAAGUUUUAUUUCAUUUAUAAAUUCGAAAAUAUAGCAUUUACAUUUCUUUUAAUCGUCUCAUUAGUAGAGGUGGGUACUUCAUGGUAAUGAAACGAUUUUAAGUAGGAUUAAAUGUUAUAUUUUAACAUUCACGCUUUGCAUCAACAUGAAAAUGCAUAAUAGAAGACACAUUCUCAAUAGAACUAGGUACUUUUUCAAUGCAAUCAAUGAUAACACUUGUAGAACAUUCACUUCCUUGAUCUAACACAGUAAAUUCACAAAACAUUGGAAUCCUUUGGAAUUUCUGUUCCAUUUCUUCUGGUUUCAUAUGGUUCUUAAUAGUUGUAGUCUGUAGAUCUGCAUCCCAUUCCUUCUUAUUUGUUAGAAAUAUUUGCCACGUUAAAUAUGUAUUGAAAAAUUGAAAAAUCAGGAGCGUUAAUAUCAUUGUCACGAUGAAGCAUCGAUAGUUUUUU